AUGUUCACAACAUACGGGCCAGAGCAGAUUCGAGUUUUCAUAGAGCUUAUACAGGAAGAGGGGCUGAGUGUGCCCAAAGCUACCAAAAAGUGUAUGAUCCCAAGAAGCAGUGGCUACGUUUUAUUGAAAGAGUUUAAAUACGGUUCAUCAAAGAAAAAAGUCAAUAGAGGAACACCAAUAAAGUUCCUGCCGCAGCAUACGGAAUCUCUUGUAAACUAUUUUGAUGCACACCCUUCAUCAACUAUUGACAUGGCC